GGACUUCGUUAUGACCAGAAACGUUUCACUCAUAGUCAAGGGCAAUGCACAGUGUUCUUCUGUACGUGUAUCUAAUAGUGCUAAGUGCUUGUGCUCUGCUCUCGAGCAGCACCCAACUGGGCGACCCCACAGCGGAAAUGAAGCAACUGACUCUGGCGGAUGUAAAUCAGGCAACGGAGCAGCAGGAGCUAGCGGCUGUACGCUUGGCCAGACAGUUGGGUUUCGGUCGACGCUUUGGCAGAUUUGGUCCUGGCGGAGGAUUUGGAGGCGGCGGAGGAGGAUUCGGUCCCGGUCCGGGCUUUGGUGGUGGAGGCUUUGGCGGUCGGCGAUUUCUUGGCAGACGUCGCUUCGCCAACCCUGGUUUCUUUCCACAACCUUUGGGAUUUUUCGGCUAA